AUUGUAUUAGGGUACUAAGUGAAAUAUAUAUAUAUGCCCUUAGGGUGCUUAACACACUGGGUCUACCUCCAAGGCACUGGGCUGUAGAUCAUCCAGCUCUUCAUCCAGGAAUCUCUCGCAGGGGUUGGAGGGGCACCUUUUAACUUUUUAAAAAGGAAAAAUGGCACCAAAGAAAGACGCCAAGAAAGCAGCCGCACCGGCACCAGCACCGGCACCAGCACCAGCCCCAGAACCAGUAAAGCCCAAAGAACCAGCAAUUGAUCUCUCCAGCAUUAAGAUCGAAUUCUCCAAGGACCAGCAGGAUGACUUUAAGGAGGCAUUCCUCCUCUUCGACAGGACUGGGGAAAGCAAGAUCUCUCUCAGUCAGGUUGGAGAUGUCAUUCGGGCUCUGGGCCAGAACCCCACAAAUGCUGAGGUCAAGAAGAUCUUGGGCAACCCCAGCAACGAGGAGAUGAAUGCAAAGAAAAUUGGAUUUGAUGAGUUCCUGCCAAUGUUGCAGGCAGCUGCCAACAACAAAGACCAGGGUGGCUUUGAAGACUUCGUUGAAGGUUUGCGUGUCUUUGACAAGGAGGGCAACGGCACAGUCAUGGGUGCUGAACUCCGCCACGUACUGGCCACUCUGGGUGAGAAGAUGAAGGAAGAAGAAGUAGAAGAACUGAUGAAGGGACAGGAAGAUUCCAAUGGCUGCAUUAACUAUGAAGCAUUUGUGAAGCACAUCAUGUCUAUCUAAAUGGAAUUCUCCAGAUGAACAACUUGAACAAGAUCAGCAGGCAUUUGAGACUGGUGAAAAAUCGAGGAAAUCACAACUCCAUCCAGUACUGUCACCCUGGAAUCCAAAAGGACUGUAAUAUAUGCCUUCCAACUGCUCCACUUUCUAAAGCCAACGGUUUGAGACACCAAAUGAAUUUUUACAUUUCCCAGUGAAAAUACUUGCUGAGGCCCAUGAGAAGGACUACACCACCACACCUGUCAAGCCCACAACUCUACCCCUCCCUCCAUUUUGUCCACCAUGAAAGCAAUGUUUGCAGAAGAAGGGUCUGGGGUAUCUGGCAAUAAAUCCAUGUGGUCAGUG